CACGAGAUCGUCGGAGAAGUGACUGAGAUAGGGAGGAAAGUGAGUAAAUUCAAUAUUGGAGACAAAAUCGGUGUGGGAUGCAUUGUAGAUUCAUGUCGCACGUGCAAGAGCUGCCGUGAAGAUCAAGAAAACUACUGCACUAAAGCAGUCGCAACCUAUAAUGGAGUUCACUACGACGGAACGGUUAACUAUGGUGGAUACUCUGAUCACAUCGUUGUCGACGAACGUUACGCCGUCAAAAUCCCGCACCCGUUGCCUCUCGCUUCGGCCGCACCUUUGCUUUGUGCAGGCAUCUCGAUGUAUAGUCCUAUGAAGUACUUUGGACUGGCCGGACCGGGGAAACAUAUCGGAAUCGUGGGGCUAGGGGGUCUCGGACACAUUGGGGUGAGGUUUGCUAAAGCAUUUGGGAGUAAAGUCACGGUGGUUAGUUCGACAGCUGGGAAAUCUAAGGAUGCUCUUGAAAAUUUUGGAGCUGAUGGGUUCUUGGUCAGUACUGAUGAAGACCAAAUGCAGGGUGCAAUGGGAACUAUGGAUGGUAUAAUCGAUACGGUUUCUGCAUCACAUCCGAUUUUACCAUUAGUUGGACUACUCAAACCCAACGGUAAACUUGUUCUACUCGGUGCAAUGGAGAAGCCAUUUGAUCUACAUGCAUUUUCCUUAAUCCUGGGACGGAAAUCAAUUGCGGGAAGUGCUAUUGGAGGAAUCAAAGAGACGCAAGAGAUGAUUAAUUUUGCCGCUGAGCAUGGAAUAAAAGCAGAGAUUGAGACCAUAUCCAUGGAGUAUGUGAACACCGCCAUGGAUAGACUUGCAAAGGGAGAUAUUAGAUAUCGUUUUGUCAUUGACAUUGCGAACACUUUGGCUGUUACUCGAUCUUAAACUCGAUCUUUUAUGUUUACUCCAUGUCAUUAGUUUGGAUUGUAAUCACAGUCUCAAAAUGGGAGCAUUUGUUUUCCAAAUAAACUGAAUUUAAUCAAAUGAAUGUAAUUCAAGUGAUUGUCACUAGGACGAAAAUGAACGGUUUGAUUUUCAUAAGCUAGGAUGUUUCAAAUAAUUUGGUUAAUUAUUAUAUAUUAUUAUAUAUUAUUA